GACGACACUACGGACAAGCUGUGUUACACACAGCCAAACGUGUCCUUCGCUCAGUUAAAAGAAAAAAAAUUAACUCAGACUCGCAACGCAAAAAAACUAAAUAGACAUACAAGUAUAGUACUGAGUAGGAUCUGUAGAUGCUGUUCCUUUGUUGACCGCGCGGUGGCGCUCUGUCAUCAGUAACGGGGAGGGCGCGAGCGUCCUCGCGGCGAACCGAGGAAGUGCCGCGUGUCACAAACACUUUGUUCUCAUUCACCGACUGGACCGAUUGGCCCGCAGCGCUUUACUGCACUUGACAAAUAAUAUAAAUAAUACUUUCUUAGACUGGAAUUCAUUUUAAUUAUUUGUGGUACUUCUCAAUUGCGGUUCCCAGGUUCCAUUAUUCAUUCACUGGAGGUUAUUUGGUAUGUAGUUGGAGGCUGUGUGUUUCCCCCCUAAGGAACUGGACAGCAGAACCGGCCCUGACCGGACCUUGCAUUCCACCAUAGAGUCCCAUGGUUGUGUUGUGUGCGGUCCCGGGUUCGACUGAGGGUCUCCCCGAUAUGGAAUCCAGUUAGGGCAGCUGACCUCAGUGCAGUUACCCUGUGGAGUGUUUCAACACAGAUGCGGCGUGACAGGCAGACCCAGAAGAGGCGGCAGAGACCCGAGGAAGCGCCGGCGUCCCACAGUGGAGAGCGCGGGUUCCGGCCUUCUCCCUGCUCCAGUCCCUCUAGGUGGCGCCACAGAGACCUGCCUCCCUUCUGAUUCAUGAGCCAGCAGGAUGCAGCAACCCGCGCACUCUCGGAGCAGCUCAUCGUAGCGUCCUACAAGGGCCAGGCAGAGAAUGUUGUGCAGCUCAUCAACAGGGGCGCACAAGUAGCCGUCACCAAGUACGGCCGCACCCCACUGCACUUGGCCGCCCACAAAGGUCACACGGAGGUCGCACGAAUUCUCCUGCAGGCCGGGUGUGAUCUGGACAUCGAGGACGAUGGGGGUCAGACAGCCUUGCAUCGCGCAGCUGUGGUGGGCAACACUGCUAUCAUCAGAGCUCUCGUCCAUGAAGGCUGCAACCUGGACAGGCAGGAUCAGGACGGCAACACGGCUUUGCAUGAGGCUUCGUGGCAUGGGUUCAGCCAGUGUGUCAGAGUGCUGGUCAGGGCUCGAGCUAACAUCCAUGCCAGGAACAAGGCUGGGAACAUAGCCCUUCACCUGGCCUGCCAGAACGGCCACGUGCAGACGGUUCGAGUGCUGCUGAUGGGGGGCUCGAACCCAGAGCAGAAAAACAGUAUUGGAGACACAUGUUUGCAUGUGGCAGUCCGCUACAACCACGUGAGGGUGGUUAAGGUACUCCUAGGUGCCUUCUGCUCUGUAACUGAGAAGAAUAAGGCAGGAGAUACUGCUCUCCAUAUCGCUGCCGCUCUGAAUCACAAGAAGUCGGCGCGACUCCUCCUGCACGCUGGAGGUGAUGCCUGCAUCCAGAAUGAUACCAGUCAGACCGCACUGGACCUAGCCAGGGAAAACAACAGCCCUGAUGUGGCCUUGCUCCUGGUGAAAGCCUCACAGGUUCGGCUGCUCAGCCGCAGCAGGUAUGUGAGGAAACGAAGACCGGAACUGAAGGUGGAGCACCAGGCUCAACUUGUUCCCAGGCCUAAGAAACUACCAAGCAAGCAGGAGAGUAGGUCUGGAGAACACAGCAUCUGCUGCUGUGGACAAGUGCUUUGCAAAGGUGGCGGGUGCAAAAGCGAGCCUGCGAAGAACACAGCCAAAUCCGGAACGACAAACAGGAAGAAAUCGUCAAAAGAAAAGGGUUCCAUCUGCAGAAGGGAGAACAGGCCACCAGAAACAGUCCAUAGGAGGAUCAAACUGCGUGUGUCCUCUCCACUGGCCACACAGCCUCCUCACAGAUUCACCAGCUAUCAUCUGUACACUCUUUAUCGUGGUAAGGAUGGGAGGAUCAUGCAGGUGAGCACACAGGUAAUGCCCCAACUCAGAUACCAUCAGCAAACAAAGAUCGGAACUUCAAAGCCAUCUGUUUUAAAGGUUCCAGUAAAAGGCUGUCGCUGUGAGCCCCUCAUCAAAAAACUGGAAAACCAGCUGGAAGCCACCAAGGAGAAGAUGAAGUUGGAGAUUCACAGUAUGCAGGAGCAGAUGAACUCCAGACUACAGGAGACUGACCGCCAGAACAAGCUCCAGAGCAAGCUUUUGGAGAAGAUGGCCCAAGAGAGAGUGGCACUGGAGAGAGCAGAGUGUCAUCGUCGAAUUGAUGAGAGAGCCACCCUGCUGUGUAUAGAGCAGGAGAAGAGACAGGCUUCUGUCAUCCAUGAGCUGAAGAACUGGUGCCUGACCAGGAUUGAAGAGACAGAAGAGCGCUUGUCCAAAGACCCCCCAAAAACUGAACUGUAUCUUGCUGAUUUGGGGGUUCUUCCAAGGCCAGGCACAAUAGGCCAUGCCAGGAGAGGGGUUGAUGAAGGAUCCUCCAGAAACAUUGCAGGCAACUCCCCAGGUAAUGGAAGCAUCCCGCUGGUGGAAAGCAGGCCCCAGCCAGUGUCUCCUCAGGUUGUCCGGCCAAAAGAACGGCUGCACCCCUCCAUCCAGCCCAUCAGACUGCAUCAGGACCAGGAGAACGUGGGUGUCACAUAUGGGCGGUACAGCAAAGGCUGCUUUGAUCAGGCUGAAUACCCAUCUUCAGUCACAGGCCGGUAUUCCAGAGAGCACCCCCUGCAUGACGGCCGAAGAUGGGACACUGGGCAGCAGACAGGGGGCAUCCCAGGUGCUCCCGGCGAGUGGCCGCCAUCCACCCCACCUGGUCGACAAAGGAACUGUGCUCGUGCAGAGGAGGUCACCCGUCACUUUUUCCAGGUCGUCUCGACGCAGAUGGAGCACUGGUGCGAGAGGAAAGUGGAGGAGGCCCGCAGGCAGGCGAAGAAGGAGGCUCUGCGGGAACGGGCUGCCCUUCUGGAGCGCAUUGACUGUCUGGAGGAGGAGCUCCGACAGCUGCGAAAGACGACCACGGUCAGUGGAGCAGUGAUGCAACAGGACAUGAUGAGUGGCGAGCAAAAUACUGGACAGUCACAACCCACAUAUAAGUCAGCUGUUGUAAAGUUCUCUAAUGCAAAACACGUGUAAAAAGUUGAAAAACUGUAAGAAGAC